UCUUCCCGCACGCGUGCGCGUACCAUAUUUAUGGCCGUGGUCACCAUGAUUAAGCAUAUUUAACUACCCAAAGCUUUGAGAGAGAGAGAGAGAGAGAGAGUGCAUGCGAGGAAAACAUAUGUCCAUAAUGGACAAUAUGUGGGUUGUGUUAGGGACAGCAAUUUUCUUGUCCACCAUCAUUCUCUACAGGAACAGGUUUAGAGUACUGAUCAGAUCAAAACACAGAAGCCCACUUCCUUUAGGCACUCUUGGAUGGCCUUUUCUCGGGGAAACCAUUGAGUUCGUGUCUUUUGCUUACUCUGACCGCCCUGAGACCUUCAUGGAUAAACGUCGCCGCAUAUAUGGCAAGGUGUUCAAGUCACACAUAUUUGGAAGUCCUACAAUCGUUUCAACGGAUGCAGAAGUCAGUAAAUUUGUUCUUCAAAGUGAUGCAAAGACUUUCGUGCCGUCUUACCCCAAAUCUCUCACGGAGCUCAUGGGGAAGUCUUCUAUUUUGCUUAUCAAUGGGAGCUUACAAAAGAGAAUCCAUGGACUCAUAGGAGCCUUCUUCAAGUCCCCACAUCUCAAGGCUCAAAUUACUAGGGACAUGCAGAAGUAUGUUCAAGAAUCUCUGGCAAAUUGGAAAGAUGACAGUCCCAUAUACAUCCAAGAUGAAUCCAAAAAUAUUGCCUUUCAAGUACUAGUCAAGGCAUUGAUUAGUUUGGAUCCUGGUGAAGAAAUGGAGCUUCUAAAGAAACAGUUCCAACAAUUCAUCUCUGGCCUCAUGUCUUUACCCAUCAAAAUACCCGGGACUACACUCUACCGAUCACUACAGGCAAAAAAGAAAAUGGUUAAGUUAGUGCAGAAUAUAAUCCAAGCUAGAAGACAUAGUGGCCUCUCUACGGUUCCAAAAGAUGUGGUUGAUGUUUUACUCAAUGAUUCAAGUGAGCAAUUAACAGACGAUCUAAUAGCAGAUAAUAUGAUUGACAUGAUGAUCCCGGGAGAGGAUUCAGUGCCUGUUCUUAUGACAUUAGCAAUAAAAUUCCUCUCCGAUUGCCCCACUGCUCUACAACAAUUAACAGAGGAAAACUUGAAGCUGAAAAAACUCAAAGCACAGCUUGGGCAGCCUUUGUCUUGGAGUGAUUACUUAUCAUUACCAUUUACACAAACUGUGAUUACAGAAACUCUAAGGAUGGGAAACAUUAUAAUUGGCGUGAUGCGAAAGGCCAUGAAAGAUGUAGAAAUAAAAGGGUAUUUGAUACCAAAAGGAUGGUGUGUUUUUGCAUAUUUUAGAUCGGUUCAUCUUGAUGAAAAUCACUAUGACUGGCCUUACAAGUUCAAUCCAUGGAGGUGGCAGGACAAAGACAUGAGCAGUUGCAGCUUCACUCCUUUUGGUGGUGGACAAAGGCUGUGCCCUGGCCUUGACUUGGCCAGGCUGGAAGCUUCCAUCUUCUUACAUCACUUUGUUACUCAAUUCAGGUGGGUGGCUGAAGAAGAUACAAUUGUUAACUUUCCCACCGUAAGAAUGAAGAGGAGGAUGCCUAUUUGGGUGAAGAGGAGAGGGGACCCUUGAGAGUCGAGCUGCUGCUUUGGCCAAGAGAAAAAAUUUCCCAAGUAAAAAAGACUUGAGACACAAUGAUACAAAAGAGAGACAUGAAAAAGACAAAGAGACAUGAAAGGGGAGAACAGUAAAUUGCCUACAGCGCACACGUGGGGGAGGAGGGCAUCAUAAGCUGACAUAUUUGUCCUCUUUCUCUAGCUAUUGCACGUAUGGACACUACAAGUACAAAAAUUUUGUAGGACCCGCUUGAAUAUCUCCCUUUUAAUUAUUCACUCAUUCAUUUCUCUUUUAACUUCUUCCUUUUUUAACUGGGCAAGAAAAUUCCCUCUUUUACCUUUGUAUGUACCAAUUAAAAUAUAAGGGGACCAAGAGAGCUACUUUUGGCUUU